AUGGCAAAGUUACAAAACCUUGAUGUCAACUCUCAGAUCGUACUCGGCACACCAAAUAAACUGAAAUAUCACGAGUCUCACACCGGAUCUUCCCAGACCCGGAUCUAUUAUAAUACGGACUUGGAAUCUCAGUGUUUCCGCAAUGCGCGUCUCCAGCAAUACUUCGGGAUAGAGCAACUUCCAGAGAGACUUAUUCAGUUCCCUGGACAUAUUCUCGGACCUAGAGGUAGUGAUGUCCAGCCGACCCUUACUAGGGUAGACGAUGCCUGGAGAGAUGCUCGGUGCACUAGUCUCGGGCAUACGCAGAACACUGUUUUUCCCUUGACUAAUGCAUACCUUGGACAUCUUAGCUCCCAUCAGCUGAAUGCCUGUCUAGCAAACCUUACAUUUGCUCGGGGCAUACCCGGUCUAAGUCGUAGUGGGAUACAGCAUGUCCAAUCAAGCGAUCCCCAGUCGACAGCCGGGUCUCCUUCAAAUCAAGGACGUCAGAAGAGAAAGAAUGCACAAGACGAUGAUGCUGACGACGGCGACGACGGGGGUUCACGUGGACGCGGGAAGAAACCUAUGAAUUCGCAAAGCACUGAUGCCAGGCUUGCCUGCCCAAUUGCUAAGGCAUUCCCUGGUUUACGUCUCGAUUGCCAUAAUCAUGGUGGGUUUGAAAGCAUAUCUCGAGUUAAGGAACACUUAUAUAGGAGACACCGAACCCCCCAAUGCCAACGCUGUGGUCAGCCUUUCGACCAGUACGACCAGUUCAGAGAGCACACUAGGGCUAUUGAACCCUGUGCGCUUGCUGAAGAUGGCUUUCCCGUACUUGCAAUUAACCAUGAGCAAGAAGAAGCUUUGCGGAGACGAGCAGACGCGUGGAACGCGUCUGCUCGGGCCAAAUGGGACAGAAUCUACGAGAUAGUUUUCCCAAGGGCUGACCGUCCAUACCCAUCUCCAUAUAUUGAACAACAUGUAGACCCCCCACACCGAUUUCAAGAGCUGCAGCAACGGGUGCAAUUACAACAAGCGGUUGACACCCAACGACAAGAGAUUGUCGCUCAACGGCAAAUGAUAGAAACACUAGAGCAUCGGAUACAAGAGAUAGAGCAACAGAGACGGGCUCAAGAGCUACAUCAAUUACAGCAGCAAGACGCCAAUGUCUUGUUUCGGUUCAGUGAACAUGACUUUAACCUACCAGAAAAUACUAAUGGUGGAACCGACGAUGACUUUUUUUGGCGAGCAACAGUAGUCCAGGAGGAAAACCCAGAGGUCCAUCCAUCCUCCCCGCCCGAGUAG